AUGUUCUCUCCUACUAUCGAACUGCUGCGUACAGACCUCCUGACGGUCGUCGCCACUGUUGUUGUUUUGGCCGUCCUAGUUCACCUAGUCCCCUAUGUCAUUGAUUCCCAUGGUCUCCGCUCAUAUCCUGGUCCUUUCAUCGCCAAGUUCUCCGAUGCAUGGCUGGGAUAUGUGACUUACCAAGGACAUCGUUCGGAAGUUAUUCAUAAUCUGCACAAGAAACAUGGUCCUUUCGUCCGCAUAGCGCCUAAUCACGUUUCCAUAGCCGUGUCGGAUGCGCAGCCCAUGGUCUAUGGGCACGGAAGUGGGACCUUGAAGUCAUCGUUUUAUGACGGCUUCAUUACUACGUCGCAUGGAGUAUUUUCUACUCAGGAUCGCCAGAUUCAUACUCGCAAACGAAAGAUCAUCUCGCAUAUUUUUUCGCAGAAGAGCGUGUUGGAGUUUGAACCGCAUGUGCGCCGUUACAUCGGUCAACUGCUAGGACAGUGGGACAAGCUAUAUGACAAGGCAUUGAAAGGCAUGUCGGGCGAGGAAGGUGAAGGUUGGAUGGGUCGUGACGGAAGGCUUUGGUUGGAUUAUUCGCCAUGGGCAAACUAUCUCGCAUUUGAUAUCAUCGGUGAUCUGGUGUUUGGAGCUCCGUUUGGGAUGAUCAUGGCAGCUAAGGAUUCGGUCCCGGUGCCUGAAGAUCGGAGUGCCGUGAUGGACUCUUACGGGAAAGUGGGCGCAAAGCAUGCCACGAAGGAGAUCGCAGUCAUCAAGGCUUUUAGUGGACCAUCGCAGGCCUCCCGGAUGGCGAUAGCGACUGUGCCCGGGUGGUGGUGGCCGUUGCUCAAGCUAACUCCGUGGUUUUGGCAGGGCGAAAACGACUUCCGCGCCAUUAUUGGGAUGGCAAUCAUGGCGGUUUCAAAGAGGUUGGAGGCACCAACGGACAGGAUUGAUUUACUUAGUAAGCUGCAAGCUGGGAAGGAUGAAGACGGUAACCCGAUGGGACGAGAGGAACUCACGGCAGAAGUGUUGACGCUUCUCAUUGCAGGAUCUGACACCACCUCCAGCUCUGCAUGUACCAUCAUCUACUAUCUCGCUCGUACCCCAAGUGUGCAAGAGAAACUCCACAAAGAGCUGGACAAACACCUUGACUCCGGCUUCGCCACAGCCGAGCAGGUGAAGAACCUCUCCUACUUGCAAGCGGUCAUCAACGAAGGGCUACGAGUGCACUCCGCGUUGGGUUUGGGGCUUCCCCGAGUAGUACCCCAGGCUGGGAUGACGAUUUUGGGAAACCACUUUCCUGGCGGUGUGGUCAUCAGUGUCCCUAUUUAUACCAUCCAUCGGGACCCAGCGGUGUUUGGGGAGGACGUGGAGGAGUUCAGGCCUGAGAGAUGGUUUGAGUGUGAUAGCGUCGCCGUGUCGAAGGCGUUUAGUCCAUUCUCUAUUGGUCCUCGAGCUUGCAUAGGCCGUAAUCUAGCGAACCUCGAGCUGCAGAUGAUUAUCGCGUCAAUUUUGAAACGCUUCCAUUUUGAAUUGGAGAACCCUGAUGAAGUCCUCGAAGUAAAGGAGGGCAUCUUGAGAAAACCGGAGGGGUGUCGUGUUGGUAUCAAGAGACGCGAAGUGUUCUAG